AUGUUACCAAUUUUAAUUGUUACUAUUUUAUCCGCUGAUCAACAUGAAGAGUUACACAAGCAAUUAGAUUCAAUUGAAAAGCAGUUAUCUGUUAUUGAAAAGCUUCAAAUUGAAUUAAAUGCGGCAAAAGUUCUUAAAGAUCCCACAUCUGGAAGUAAGUAUGGCACUGAAAAGAAAGACAUUUAUCUAUCAGGUAUUGAUACUCAGAGAACCGUAGAAUAUAAUAACCAUCGAAAAGGAUUAUCUUCAUCAAUUGAUGAAGAUUCUUUUAUAAUAAAAUCAAGAGCUCCAAUUCUUCAUUUCAAAGCAAGAACUCCUACAUUUGCAAGUGAAAUAAAAGUGAGCUUUAAAAAACAGUGUGACUGUAAUAUUAGGCAAGCAAUAUUCACUUUUAUCAAUCAAUCAGAAAUAAAAUAUAGAACGAAUGUAAUUGACUUUGAUAAUAAAUGCGGAUUGUCAAAUGUGAUAAAUUUAAACACGGAAGUUGCUUUUACAGAUAUUGAAGUUGAUAUCCCAUUAAACUGGGGCUCUGAUCAAACAUGUUUACCAGAUAUUAUUGUCAAAGGUCCUAUACACAAAAUUUAA